UGGCUUGGCAAUGCUUUACUGUCAUGCACUUUGGCUGGAUCCAUCGGACAAUGCAAAAAGAGUUGUAAAGGCUUUCUCUUUCUCACGCUCGCAUUCUCAUCUUUAGGGUUUCCCUCUCUCUCUCUCUUUCUUUUAUCUCACUGAAUCCCCAAUCUUCCAUUCAAAUAUUCCACUCAUUCCGUUCCACCUCAUCAUCUCUUGCGGGUCAACUCAGUUCACUGCACUAAGUCUCAACUACUUUGUUUCACUUUCCAUCACCACCAAUUUGGUGAAGCAAAACAAAAGGAACCAUGAAGUUUUCUUGUCAUAUGAGUCCUGGUUAGUUUUCGAUGAAUCCUAGAGAAAUUGAUGCGAUCACGUAUUGUAAUACCAAAUCUAGAUUCUUCAACUUCCUCUAAUUUUAUUCGGAGAGCAAUAUUUCGAUUUUAAAGUUUUGAUUUUAAGUUCUAGGGUUUCAGAUUCAAAUGGCUGAUAAUAAUCAUAAAAAUAAUUAUGAUGGUAAUAGUAAUCCUGGCAUUGAGAAAUUGUUAUCUGCAACGAAGGCCUUGAAGCUGAGCUUACAGAAAUCGAAAGCCUUAGGGUUAGCUCUUGAAAAAGCAGGACCAAGAUUAGAUGAGAUUAACCAAAGAUUGCCCACUUUAGAGGCUGCUGUACGGCCCAUUCGUGCAGACAGGGAUGCCCUUGUUGCUGUUGGGGGCCACAUUAACCGUGCGGUGGGCCCUGCUGCCGCUGUGCUUAAGGUUUUUGAUGCAGUUCAUGGGCUGGAGAAAUCACUGUUAUCGGAUCCUAGGAAUGAUCUUCCUGGGUAUUUAUCAGUAUUGAAACGCCUCGAAGAGGCGUUGAGGUUUUUGGGUGAUAAUUGUGGAUUGGCGAUUCAGUGGUUGGAGGAUAUUGUGGAGUAUUUGGAGGAUAAUCGGGUGGCGGAUGAGAAGUACCUUUCGAGUUUGAAGAAGUCCUUGAAGGAUCUUAGAGAACUGCAGAAUGGUGAGGGAAGAAUUCGCCUUGAUGGUGGGCUUUUAGAUGCUUCAUUGGAUAAAUUGGAAAGUGAAUUUCGGCGACUCUUGACUGAACAUAGUGUGCCUCUACCAAUGUCAUCACCAUCAGCGCUCGGUGAACAAGCAUGCAUUGCCCCAUCACCUUUGCCAGUGACUGUUAUUCAGAAGUUGCAAGCAAUUCUUGGGAGGUUGAUUGUGAAUAAUAGGCUUGAGAAAUGUAUAUCGAUUUAUGUUGAUGUUCGUGGCUCAAAUGUGAGAGCAAGUUUGCAGGCGCUUGAUUUGGACUACCUUGAGAUAUCUAUUUCAGAAUUUAAUGAAGUACAGAGUAUAGAGGGGCAUAUAGCACAGUGGGGAAGGCAUUUGGAAUUUGCAGUGAAGCAUUUGUUUGAGGCCGAGUACAAGCUUUGUAAUGAUGUGUUUGAGAGGAUUGGAUUGGAUGUGUGGAUGGGAUGCUUUGCUAAGAUCGCUGCGCAAGCAGGUAUGCUUGCAUUUCUUCAAUUUGGGAAGACUGUUACAGAGAGUAAGAAAGAUCCAAUUAAGCUUUUAAAGUUAUUGGAUAUUUUCGCAUCUCUGAACAAGUUAAGAUUGGAUUUCAAUCGACUCUUCGGUGGAGCAGCAUGUGAGGAAAUCCAGAACCUGACUAGGGAUCUCAUCAGGAGAGUGAUUGAUGGCGCAGCUGAGAUUUUCUGGGAACUUUUGGUUCAGGUGGAAUUACAGAGACAGAUCCCACCUCCUCCAGAUGGGAGUGUUCCCAGAUUGGUGAGCUUUAUCACUGAAUACUGUAAUAAACUGCUUGGGGAUGAUUAUAAGCCAAUUCUGACUCAGGUCCUAGUCAUUCACCGGAGUUGGAAGCAUGAGAAGUUCCAAGAGAGGCUCCUUAUUAAUGAGGUGUUGAAUGUAAUUAAAGCUAUUGAAGGGAAUUUAGACGCAUGGACGAAGGCUUAUGCAGAUAUCACUUUAUCCCAUUUUUUUGCUAUGAAUAACCAUUGGCAUUUGUACAAGCAUUUGAAGGGAACAAAGCUUGGCAAUCUCUUGGGCGAUUCUUGGUUAAGAGAACAUGAACAGUACAAGGACUAUUAUUCCACAGUCUUCUUUAGAGACAGCUGGGGAAAGCUUCCGAAUCAUUUAAGCCGAGAAGGUCUAAUUAUGUUCUCAGGUGGGCGUGCCACUGCUCGUGAUCUCGUGAAGAGAAGGCUGAAAGCAUUCAAUGAAGCUUUUGAUGAGAUGUACACGAAACAGUCAUAUUGGGUUAUCUCGGAAAAAGAUCUGAGGGAAAAGACGUGCCAGCUUAUUGUGCAGAGUAUUGUGCCUAUUUACAGAAGCUAUAUGCAGAAUUAUGGACCCUUGGUUGAGCAAGAUGCAAGUUCCAGCAAGUAUGCAAAAUAUUCUAUGCAGGAUUUUGAGAGAAUGCUAACCUCUCUUUUUCAGCCAAAGCCUGGGAGAUAUGGCAGUUUCAAAGGCAGGUCGCCUGGUGGAAAACUUGACAAUGGUAUGAUGGAUCUUCGUCGUACUGCUUCUGCUGUUAUGUGAUUCCCCCAUUGUUCUUCUAUUUCACCAAUGUCUACACUCUGUGCUGAGAUGGUUAUUAAUUUAUCAUGUAUAUAUUGAUUCCUGGGGAUGCUGCAACUAUUUAUUAUCAUCUCUCGUUUCUUGCAUUUGGAGAACUUGCUCUAAACAUGGCCAACCUAUUGCCCAAUGUUUCUCCAUGAGAUGAAAUUUUGUAACUUGCCCGAGGAUAAUGGGAACCAAAUGUACUCUUCACUGCCUGGAUCUCUCUACAAAGCAUGGGAUUUGAAGAGUGCCAGACAUUCCCAUGAAUGAGUAUAUGGGCCUAUUGGAUCGGGUUCGUAGAUAAUACCAUUGAGAUAUACAUUUUUCAUUUUCCAUUCAUAAUUGAUUCAGUUACUAGCUAGGCAACAGUUGAUAUCUUGUAAUUUGCUAGAUUUCAUGUAAAAUUCUUUGAUAUAAAGUGUGCAUCUAGAGGUCUAGCAGUAAUUUAAUUAUCUACUCAUCAAUUCUAUAAAAUAGUCAUAAGGUCUGGUUCCUUAAUGAGAUGCUUGUUAUUUGUGCUA